ACAUGGGGCUGUUUAGUAUGAUCGACAUUCUCAAUACGCGUACACUGCUGAUCGGCAUCGUGGUAUUUCUGGUCUUGUUCCGGACCCUUCGUCGACCACGCAACCUACCCCCAGGGCCGUGGAAGUGGCCUAUACUCGGCAACCUCCCUCAACUGAUGACGGCAAAAGACACAAUGUUUGAGUUCUUUUCAAAACAGUCGAAAAGGCACGGCAGUAUAAUACAUGUCGAUGGUGGUGGCAUAUCUAUGGUAGUUCUCCACGGGUAUGACACAGUGAAAAAGGCAUUCUCUCAAUAUCAACUCAGCGCCAGACCUGUGGUGUAUAUCACCAACAAGAUUUUUCCAAACUCAAUAGGCGUUCUUGAUUCUUCUGGCGAGGAGUGGGUAGAAAUCCGUCGUUUUUGCAUGACCGUGCUUCGAGGUCUCGGGGUUGGCAAAUCAAGCUUCGAGCAGAACAUUUCCGCUGAAGCGGACAUCCUCAUGGAGGAAAUCGGCAAACAGAACGGCAAGGCCUUCGAUCCCCAAAACGUGGUAGGUUACGCCGUAUCUAACGUCAUCUGCUCGGUAGUGUUCGGUAAAAGAUUCCAGUACGAUGAUCCGGCAUUCCAACGCCUCUUGGAGGUUGUAUCGGAACACGUCACCCAGGGAAGAUCCGGGGGCGUGUUUGAAACGUCCCCCAUAUUUUCCAAGUUGACCAUGCUGCCCGUGGUGCGCCGAUAUGUACGUGCAGUCAAAAAUUUCUACAAUUACAUCUAUGGGCUCGUAGGGGAACAUACUCACGAAAAGGACCCUCGGGAUUUCAUCGAUGUUUUCCUGAAUGAAAAGGAGAAGAAAGAUAAACAGGGCACUGAGUCCCUGGCGCUGCAGAGCGAGAACUUGCCACGCAUUGUUAGCGACCUGUUCAAUGCUGGAUCGGAGACCACUGCCACCACAAUCCGUUGGGCGAUACUUUACAUGAUGGCCUACCCUGAGGUACAGGCUCGGGUCCAGAAGGAGUUGGAUGACGCCACUUGUCGUAAUCGAAUGCCGAGAAUCGCUGACAAGCCUGAGCUGCCCUUCACCGAGGCAGUGCUUUGUGAGAUUCAACGCAUUAAUACCGUCGUACCAAUGGCCAUACCUCAUCUGUGUUCCGAGGAUACGACAUUAAUGGGGUACAACAUACCGAAGGGAACGAUGGUAUUCUCAAACUUGUGGCACAACCACUCUGAUCCCUCUGUAUGGGAGGAGCCGCAGAGCUUUCGACCGGAGCGAUUUCUUGACAAAGACGGGAAGUUUCAAUCUCGUGAGGAGCUCACAUCAUUUGGAAUAGGUCGCCGCGCCUGUAUUGGAGAGCAUCUUGCGAGACAAGAGCUCUUUGUCUUCUUUACACACUUGCUGCAUCACUUCAGCUUUAAGAACCCCGACGACACAACUCCGGUAUCCGUCAAAGCAGUCGAUGGGAUUGUGUUGGCACCGGAAGACUACAACGUGUGCUUCAUUGCAAGAGAUUAAAAGAAUAGUUUCCCUGAAAUGUCCGCUCGUCCCUACAAGAGUGGUAACGAGUCACUGUUUUUGUGACUGUAGUCGAGUCAAGUUUUUUUUCAGGAAAUAACUCGAGUCGAGUCA